AUGGCUCAGACGGAUAGAAAUCAACCUAUAGAUUUCGUACUUCAACCAAUUAUUAUUGAAUCCCUUAUUGAGGAAUUACAUAUACUACUUCCUUUAGUUCAGUAUAGCUUAGGAGACCGCUCAAAUAACUUUACAUCCUUGGACCCCGAAUUGGUUACAUGGGACGGUCCGGACGAUCCGGCCCACCCAAGAAACUGGUCAAAGCAAAGAAAAUGGCGAGCAACGAUAAUUGUCUCCUCAUACACCUUAGUUUCGCCAUACUCUUCCUCUGUCAUUUCUCUCGGAGCAUCAUAUAUCGCCGAGGAGUUCCAUGUACUGAGCGGCUUUGUGAAGGCCCUUCUCGUCUCUAUCUUUGUCUUGGCAUGGGCAGUGGGCCCUUUAUUCUUGGGUCCCCUCUCGGAAAUGUAUGGUCGAAAGAUUUUACUCAACUACUCCAUUUUGGUUCUUCUUGCCUUUAAUUUUGGCUGUGCCUUUGCUCAGAACACCACCCAGAUGCUUGUGUUCAGAUUCUUAGCCGGUCUUGGCGGGAGUACCCCCUUAUGUGUGGGUGGUGGCGUGUUAGGCGAUUGCUUCAAUGAUAACGAAAGAACUCCAGCCAUGGGAUUGUACUCAUUGGGACCCACAUUGGGCCCUUCGUUAGCCCCAAUCAUUACCGGGUUUAUCGUGCAGAAGUUGAACUGGCGGUGGUUGUUCUACGUCUGCUGUAUCUUGAAUGGGGUGGUGGCCAUUGUGGGGUUUUUCUUAUACGAAGAGACGUACCCUCCUACCUUAUUAAAGCGAAAGGCGGCUCGGUUACGGAAGGAGCAUGCCAAUCCUAAUUUGAAGUGCAUCUAUGAAAUAGCCGAUGGGGAGACCGUGGCCGGUCGAUUCUACGUAAACUUCACCCGCCCUGUAAAGUUGUUGCUCUUCCACCCGAUGGUCUUUGGCCUCGGCUUGUUUAUGGCCUUUGUGUACGGAUUCCUGUACUUGAUGAUUGUGACCAUUCCAACUGUCUGGGGUGAGGUAUACGGGUUCAGCAAAGGCAUUUCAGGGUUAUUGUACCUUCCGAUGACGUUGGGAUAUUUUCUGGGAAUUAUCUUUUGGACCUGGAUAAACGACAAGACAUACAAGCGUUUGGUGGCCCAAAACGGUGGGGUUGCGAAACCAGAGUUCAGGUUGCCCAUGUUGGUUUGCGCCGGUGUGAUUAUUCCUGUUGGACUUUUAUGGUACGGAUGGUCGGCUGAAAAGCAUCUUCAUUGGAUCAUGCCGUCAAUUGGCUUAUGGAUUUUUGCGUUUGGUCUCAUUGCCGUGUUCCAAACCAUUCAAAGUUAUAUGAUUCACAUGAAUCCGCUUUUCGCUGCUUCGUCGCUUAGCGCCACCUCCUUAUUCAGAUCUCUUUUUGGGUUUGGAUUUCCGUUGUUUGCCAACGAAAUGUACACAAAGUUGGGCUACGGCCGUGGGAACACCAUGUGUGCCUUUCUCGGAUUGGGGUUGGGUAUCCCGUUUCCAAUCUUUGUUAUCAAGUAUGGAGAGAGGUUGAGAUUCGCUUGCAAGCCCAAAACGAGAAAGCCCUUGGAGUUAAAGUGA